UGUUACUCAUUGGUUGUUGGGUUAGACUCUCCGAUUUGACGUAGAGGAUGAAAAAUGAGGAAAAAAUGUUUCUCCAUUUGUGUUGAAAUCCUGCAGCGUUCCUCAGGAAGUCAGAGAGACACUGAGCCGAGAACACAAGAAACCUCACUUACACUCAGCUACACCACAGCAGAGGAACGCUCAGAUCUCCUGGAGGAGGAUAAGGUGGAGAAACGUUCUCUGAAGCUUGUUUGUGAAGUUGCGCUGAAGGUCGAUGAUGUUCCUGCUGGUUCCUGCUGUUCUUCUCCUGGCGGUACCAGGAUGCUGUGGGCUGUGGACAGUGGACAGGCUGACGGUCAGGAGCGGUGGGUCCAUUACUGUCCCCUGCCACUAUAACUACAGGUUCAGAGCGCAGGUGAAGUACUGGUGCAAAGGGAGGAUGUGGCAAAUCUGUAUUACUGUGAGACAGUCGGCGAAGGCCAACAUUACGGACAGUCCGGCUGAGCUGGUAACCACACUGACCCUGUCCGGUCUAGAGGUCAGAGAUGCCGGACGCUACUGGUGCGCCGUGAAGCGUGGGGGGGUCCUGAAGGCGGACCUCAGGACCUCUCUGGAGCUGCAGGUGACAGACGACACGCCAGACCUUUGGGUCAGCAGCAGCUCAGUGUCCGGCACCGUGGGCGGGAACGUGACUGUUCAGUGUCACUAUAGCGACCGGCUGAAGGAGGAUGAGAAGAAGUGGUGCAGGAGCGGAAAUCUGCACUCCUGCCAAUCACAGCAGGACAUACAGCCACCCCAGAAUGCAAAGCUGCAACUCAGGGACGAGGGUCAGGGCGUCUUCACUGUAACGCUGACCAACCUGCAGAUGGACGACGGUGGUUGGUUCUGGUGUAUGAUUGGAGGAAUUCAGGCUCCGGUCCACGUCACCGUCACUGCAGCGUCCACCUCACAGAACUACACAGAGUCUCAUCAGGCAACAACUGCAGCAACAUCAGCACUGCUAACAUCUGCACUGUCAACACCAACACCGCUCAGCUCCACACACCAACCAGCAGCACCUUCAGCUGUGACUGAACACUCAACUGACCGCACGUCCGCCACCUCCUCAACGUCCACCACCUCCUCAACAUCCGCCACCUCCUCACCGUCCACCACCUCCUCAACAUCCGCCACC